UCCACUCACUCUCUCUCUCUCUCUCUCUCUCUCUCUCCGGGUAAAGGAACCAUGAGUUACUCCAGCGACAUUUACAGCAGCAGCUCCUAUCGGAAGAUCUUCGGAGAUGCCCCCCGGUCCGGACGCACGGGGAUGGGCAGCAGCAGCAGCCCGUCCCGGCCUCACACUGCCGGAUACCGCAGCAGCAGCAGCAGCCACCGCACCUACGGGUCCCCCUCCGGGAUGCCCUCCUCCUCCUCCACCAACUACCGCAGGUCGGCGGCGUCCGGACGCGUCUUCUCCUCCAUGCAGGACUCCUCCAUGGACCUGACGCAGUCCACCGCGGUCACCAACGAGCUGAAGAUCAUCCGCACCAACGAGAAGGAGCAGCUGCAGGGCCUCAACGACCGCUUCGUGUCCUUCAUCGAGAAGGUGCACAACCUGGAGCAGCAGAACAAGGUGCUGGAGGCGGAGGUGACCAUGCUGCGGCAGCGCAACAACGAGCCGUCCCGCCUGCACGAGCUGUACGAGCAGGAGAUCAGGGAGCUGCGGGCGCGCGUCGAGGAGCUGACCCACGAGAGGAGCCAGAUGCACAUGGACUGCGUGCAGAUGAACGACACGCUGGAGCGGGUGAGGGAGAAGCUGGACGAGGAGAGCAAGCUGCGAGAGGAGGCGGAGAACACCCUGAAGGGCUACAGGAAGGACGUGGACGACGCCACCCUGUCGCGUCUGGAGCUGGAGAAGAAGGUGGAAUCGCUGCUGGACGAGAUCGCGUUCCUCAGGAAGGUCCAUGAGGAGGAGCUGCAGGAGAUGCAGGCGUCUCUGCAGGCCACUCAGGUAAACACCGAAACAAUGGACAUGAGCAAACCGGACCUGACUGCGGCCCUGAGGGACAUCCGGGCUCAGUACGAGAACCUGUCGGCCAGGAACCAGGCCCAGGCCGAAGACUGGUACCGCUCCAAGUUCAACAGCGUGAACGAGGCCGCUGCGCGCAACCAGGACGCCGUCAAGCACUCAAAGGAGGAGCUGGGCGAGUACCGCAGGCAGGUGCAGGCCCGCACCCUGGAGAUCGAGGCCCUCAGGGGCCACAACGAGGCCCUGGAGAGGCAGAUUGCCGAGAUGGAGGAUAGACACAGCAACGAAAUGGGAGACAUGCAGGAUACCAUUCAGCAGCUGGAGGCAGCUCUGCGUAGCACCAAAGGAGAAAUGUCCCGUCACCUGCGUGAAUACCAGGACCUGCUGAACGUCAAGAUGGCGCUGGAUAUUGAAAUCGCCGCCUACAGGAAGCUGCUGGAAGGCGAGGAGUGCCGCCUCAGCUCCGUUGGCGGGGCCGCGGUCCAGUCCAGCUACCAGGGCUUCUCCUACAUGUCGGCCCGCAGCUACAACCUCGGAGCCUACAGGAAGCCUGAGGCCAAGCCCGAAGAGGAGGAGGAGGAAGAGGCCGAAGGCGAGGUGGAAGAGGAAGAGGAGGAGGGAGAGGAGAACGAAGAGGAGGGAGAGGAGGGAGAUGACCAGGAGGAGGGCGAGGGUGAGGGAGAUGACCAGGAGGAAGAAGAGGAGGAGGAGGAUGAGAAGCAGAAAGAGAAGGAUGAGAAGAAGGAGGGCCCCGCCGGCAAGACCAGCAAGAGCUAAACUGCUAAUGUCAACAUCACCUUCAUCAUUAUCAAAAACACGCUCCUCAUCCUCAUUCCAAUCACCUAUAUGGAUCUGGUCUCUGCUCACAUCAUCUCUGUCAAACACAUCUCUGCACACCGUCGGUGUUUUUCCGUCUCUGUUUGCUCUGUAAUUCAGAAGUGAUUAAACUGUAUUUAGGUGGAGAAGGAGCUUUAGAAGGAAAUGAAUGUAUUACAAUGAGAGAAGAGUUUAAGUCAUAAACACACUCUACAGAGGUUGUCAUCAUUUUACAUCACAUCAAAGGAUGUGCAGAAAGCUAGCAUGAUGCCACAAAUGAUUAUUCCUCACGUGAAGCAACAAAAAAUGUGCCAUUAAUGAUCAAUAGUUAGAGUUAAGAGCAAUCAAAAACCUUGAAAGUAACAUUAUUGUCAGCACACAGACUUUAAGAAAAAACGCACAGACUAACAGCCAGUCCAACUUUUACGGUGCUAUUUGAUUUUUACAUAUAAAAGUUGGAGAGUACUGUAGGUUAAAGGAGAGUUUAUCUUAGACCAGCUCAUUCCUGAAUGUCAGCUUGGUACACAGAAAAGCUUGUGUUGGAGUCAAACCCCACAUCUCCCACAGAAGGUGAAUGCUUUUCACUCCCUCUUUCUUCCCCAACUCUCCAUGGCUCUCUAGUUCUACAUCUCAUCCCACCAUGACAAACGGAAAGGUACCACUUAACAUUUAAGCCUCUUUCUCAUUCUCUUUAAUUCACUACAGUGUCACAGCAUGGCAAUAAUGGGGCUCAGAGAAACUGUAUAUACAAAUGUGUUGGGAGGGUGGGUGGUGUUUUUCCAGUUGCUGGAAAGGAGGAGUGCUGCAGAUUCUCCAUGAGGAAGUGCAUUGUUAAGAAUGAAAAAAUGUAGAGUUUAAAUUGCCGCUAUAUAUAUAUAUAUAUUUUUGAUUCUUUGAUUGAUUCAUUUGUCAAGGAAUUUAACGGCCACCAUACCUCUCAGAGUUUAAUAUUGAUCUGCAAGUCAACAACCCUUUUUAUUUCUCCCCAUACAAAUGUAGUGGUGCUUUUGUUUAAUUUAGCUGGAUGAAGGAUUUGAGGUGAAGGUAAGCGUGGCUGUCGGUGUCAGGCAGCUGAUGGUGACACUGACGGCCCUCAGCUCUGACUAUAAGUGGCAGGUGGUGCAGAAGCCACAGGAGUUAUGGCUGAAUGGUACGGAGUCACAUAUAAGGGCUAUUUUCACCGUAACCCCUUCUAUCACUUUGCUCUGAACUCUUUUAUUUCAUCAGUUCAUCCUCUGGGAUUUUCAGUUUGACAAAUGAAUCAACCAAUGGGCAUGAAUGCAUGGCCUGACUCUUCGAGCUUGAAUAUCUGCUGGAUGGGAUUGAUUUUUUGCUUGUUGUGUGUUUCAAUUAAAAAAAACUUGCCUUAACCAUGACUGAAAGUUAAGAUAAAAGAUGUGUUCCCCUCCAUCUCACGUGUGUCCUGAGAGGCUGAGGAGUGCUGACACUUUCCAGACCUCUGCUAUACAACUGUGACUGUAUACGUGCUGCUAUCUCAUGCAGUGAUAUUCCACUC